UGCGAUCAUGGCGGAGCGCGUUCAGCAGCCCCCAGCUAAACGGCUCUGCUGCCGACCCGGGUAUAGUACGACGUGUAGACAGGGGCAGCGAUCCGGUGGAACAGUAUGCGGCGGUUCGGGGUCUGGUCAAGGGGGAUCCAGCAAAACUCAGAGCCCCGAAUCGCUCCUGGACAUUGCAGCGCGGAAAGUAGCGGAGAAGUGGCCGUUCCAACGGGUGGAGGAGCGCUUCGAGCGCAUCCCGGAGCCCGUUCAGCGGCGGAUCGUGUACUGGUCUUUCCCGAGGAGUGAACGGGAGAUCUGCAUGUAUUCCUCGUUCAACACUGGCGGCGAGGAGAGCGCGACUAGUGGGGAGAACGCAGACGAGACGCGGCUACCGUUCCGACGGGGCAUCGCAUUGCUGGAGAGCGGCUGUGUGGACAACGUAUUACAAGUCGGUUUUCAUCUCAGUGGCACAGUAACAGAACCCGCCACGCCGUCAGAACCAGAGAUGGUUUGCAGCGUAGCCAUUAGCUUUGACCGCUGCAAGAUCACGUCCGUAACAUGUGGCUGUGGAAACAAAGACAUCUUUUACUGUGCCCAUGUGGUGGCGCUGUCCCUGUACCGCGUACGGCGGCCAGAGCAGGUCAAACUUCACCUCCCCAUCUCAGAGACUCUAUUCCAGAUGAACAGGGACCAGCUACAGAAGUUUGUGCAGUAUCUCAUCACCGUCCACCACACGGAAGUUCUGCCUACAGCCCAGAAACUUGCAGACGAGAUCCUCUCACAGAACUCUGAAAUCAACCAAGUGCACGGGGCCCCGGACCCCACAGCAGGGGCCAGUGUGGAUGAUGAGAACUGCUGGCAUUUGGACGAGGAGCAGGUCCAGGAACAGGUCAAACUGUUCCUGUCUCAGGGGGGCUACCACGGCUCGGGCAAACAACUUAAUCUCCUGUUCUCAAAGGUACGGGAGAUGCUGAAGAUGCGCGACUCUAACGGUGCUCGCAUGUUAACGCUGAUAACGGAGCAGUUCAUGGCCGAUCCUCGGCUGGCGCUGUGGCGGCAACAGGGAACUACCAUGACGGACAAAUAUCGCCAGCUAUGGGAUGAGUUAGGUGCCUUGUGGAUGUGCAUUGUGCUAAACCCCCACUGUAAGCCCGAACAGAAGGCCGCUUGGCUCAGGCAGCUCAAGAAGUGGAACAGUGUGGACGUGUGCCCCUUAGAGGACGGUAACCACGGCAACGAGCUGCCCAAUUUAACCAAUGCCUUGCCACAGGGUGCGCACGGCAACCAAGAUUUGGGCGCCAGGCCCCACCGGACGGUUUUCACGCGAGCCAUCGAGGCGUGCGAUCUCCACUGGCAAGACAGCCACUUGCAGCACAUAAUCAACGACGACCUCUACACCAACUACUGUUACCAUGACAACACUGAAAAUUCGCUCUUUGACUCUCGCGGAUGGCCUCUGUGGCACGAACACGUACCGACAGCCUGCGCGAGGGUGGAUGCACUGAGAUCUCAUGGUUACCCACGGGAGGCGCUGCAUUUGGCUAUCGCCAUUGUCAACACCCUGCGCAGACAACAGCAGAAACAGCUGGAAAUCUUCCGAAACCACAAAAAAGAUCUGCUUCAUAAAGGGGUGACGUCCUUUACUAAUCUGGAAGGGUGGGUGGGCCACCCUUUGGACCCCAUCGGAACACUGUUCAGCACUCUGAUGGAGACGGGCCGCAGUGAUGAAGAUAAUUCACAGACAGGGUUCCUGGAUUUCUCAGCCAGCUCGAUGAGCUCGAGCAAACACAGCGAACUGCACUUGUUUCCAUCCACGCGCCGCUUCUUGGAGGAGGGCGAGUCAUACCUGGCGCUGGCGGUGGAAACGGCCCUGAUGGGACUGGGUCAGCAGAGAAUCAUGCCUGACGGACUGUAUGCCCAAGAGAAGGUGUGCCGCAACGAGGAGCACCUGAUUGCCAAGCUUCAGGAAGUGGACCUGGACAAUACCCUGGUCAAGAUCUUCCGCAAGCAAGCUGUCUUCCUGUUAGAGGGUGGGCCCUACAGUGGUUUGGGAGAGCUCAUCUAUAGAGAGAGCGUUCCGAUGCAUACGUUUGCCAAGUAUCUCUUCACAUGCCUCCUACCUCACGAUGCCGAACUGGCGUACAAAAUUGCACUGAGAGCAAUGCGGUUACCAGUGUUGGAAUCCACAGCUCCUUCUGGCGACAUGUCCCGGCCUCACCAUAUAGUAUCCGUCGUCCCCAAUCGUUACCCACGAUGGUUCACGCUCAGCCACAUCGAGUCGCAGCAGUGCGAGCUGGCCUCCACCAUGCUCACUGCAGCCAAAGGUGAUGCACGAAGGUUAGAGACAGUAUUAGAAUCAAUACAGAAGAAUAUUCACUCCUCGUCUCAUAUCUUCAAACUGGCGCAGGAUGCCUUUAAAAUAGCGACGCUCAUGGACAGUCUGCCAGACAUCACUCUGCUGAAAGUGUCCCUGGAGCUGGGUCUUCAGGUAAUGCGAAUGACACUUUCAACGCUAAACUGGCGGCGGCGAGAGAUGGUACGAUGGUUAGUCACGUGUGCAACAGAAGUUGGGGUUUACGCACUGGACAGCAUCAUGCAGAGCUGGUUCACCCUCUUCACACCCACCGAGGCCACCAGCAUCGUGGCGACCACCGUCAUGUCCAACAGCACCAUUGUACGGCUUCACCUGGAAUGCCAUCAGCAGGAGAACCUGGCGAGCAGCGCACGGACGUUAGCAUUGCAGUGCGCUAUGAAGGACCCUCAGAACUGUGCGCUGUCGGCCCUCACGCUCUGCGAGAAGGACCACAUCGCCUUCGAGACGGCCUACCAAAUCGUUCUGGACGCGGCAACCACGGGCAUGAGCUACACUCAGCUCUUCACCAUCGCACGAUACAUGGACCACCGCGGCUACCCCAUGCGAGCGUACAAACUUGCGACUCUCGCCAUGGCCCACUUGAACUUGAGCUACAACCAGGACACGCAUCCCGCGAUCAACGACGUGUUGUGGGCAUGUGCGCUCAGCCACUCGCUGGGCAAAAACGAGCUCGCUGCCAUUAUCCCGCUAGUUGUGAAAAGCGUCAAGUGCGCCACCGUGCUGUCGGACAUUUUGCGGCGUUGUACGCUGACCACACCUGGCAUGGUGGCGCUGCACAGCCGCAGGAACUCUGGGAAGCUGAUGUCAUUGGACAAGGCCCCACUAAGACAGCUCUUGGACGCUACAAUCGGGGCCUACAUCAACACGACACACUCGCGGCUAACGCACAUCAGUCCACGGCACUACAGUGAAUUCAUCGAAUUCCUCAGCAAAGCCAGAGAGACUUUUCUCAUGGCGCACGACGGACACAUUCAAUUCACGCAGUUUAUAGACAACCUGAAACAAAUAUACAAAGGAAAAAAGAAACUUAUGAUGCUCGUCCGAGAGAGAUUCGGCUAGCUGGAAUUGUUUUACUUGAGUCCACCUUUGUUUAAAACAAACUUCAAAAUGGAAGAAAAAAACACGGAAAUGAAACAACAAAAACAAUACGAACCACAUCGGUAUUAUGUGUAUAGACUUUCACGCAAAAAAACGAAAACGGAAAAAAAAAAUGGAACAUUGUCAUGUUGUGGAAGUUUGUGUGUUUUCCCCUUUAUUUGUGUGAAAGCGUGCGAGAGAAUGGAACGUAAAGAGCGAAAUGAGCAUUUCGGUUUACACUGAGUACAUGUUGUCCAGUGGCAAAAGUCUACACAGCACUCCAAAUCUCUCUGUUAAACAUUCAUAGCCUCAAACGUGAAAUAUGGCUUUAAACCAAACAACACCUCCAUACUAAGUGACAAGUACCUCGUACGGCUUCAGCUUUACUCCAUCCUGAACCAGUCACACAUUACCAGUGUACUAAAACAAGUCUUGGAAACGAAAAACAUCUUAAAGGGAUAGUUCACGCAAAAAUGAAAAUUCUGUCAUUUACACUGGUCCAUUUUAACUCCAUAUACUUUCUUUCCUCCAUUGAACACAAAAGGAGAUAUUAGGCAGAAUGUCCAAGCUACUCUUUUCAAUAUAAUAAAAGUGAAUGGGGACUGGAGGUGUCAAGCUCCAUAUUUCCAAAAAGCAAAUAACGACUUAAAUUUCAGCUUGUUCCUAAUAAAAAGUUAUCGUAUGACUUCAGAAGACUUGGAAUAUAGCGCACAAGUCUGAUAUACUACUAUUAUGAUACUUUUAUGGUGCAUUUUUGUCCUUUUUGGAGCUUGGCUUUAUAAAUCACCAUCCACUUUCGUUUAAUGGAAAAAAAGUUGUAUUUUGCAUCUCAUUUUGUGUUUCAACAAAGAAAGAAAAUCAAUGAUGACAAAAUGUUUAUUUUUUGGGGUAAUAUUUUCCUUUCAACAGUUUGGGACCUCUCAAUUUUUAUUUACUUUUCAGUUUACCAGGCUAAUUGCGUGGCUUUGCAAUGCUGUUUUGUCCAAAAGCAUGUCACACACAUAUAAACGCUACAACCCCAUUGUGCUUGCGCUUGUGGAAACUUGGCGACUGUCGACAUACAUUCUCAGGGAUUUUCUCUUUGAAAAAAAGGAAAAAAAACGAAAAAAAAAAAGAUAGAAAAAGGUCUUGAAAAAUGAAAGAAUGAAAGCAUUUUAUUGUACUGUAUAUAUGAUAGUAUAUGUCUGAAUAUUGAAAAAAUGUAUAAGUUAACUAAUUUAUAAAAAGAAUAUUCUAUGUAAUGCAAAAUACUUGAAGCUGCAGUACCUUGGUUUUAAAACAAAACA